AUGAAGAAGUUUUUCGACUCCAGGCGAGAGCAGGGCAGCUCUGGCCUGGGCUCCGGCUCCAGCGGAGGAGGGGGCAGCACCUCGGGCCUGGGCAGCGGCUACAUCGGAAGGGUCUUUGGCAUUGGGCGACAGCAGGUCACUGUGGACGAGGUGCUGGCGGAAGGUGGAUUCGCCAUCGUGUUUCUGGUGAGGACAAGCAACGGAAUGAAAUGUGCCUUGAAACGCAUGUUUGUCAACAACGAGCAUGACCUCCAGGUGUGCAAGAGAGAAAUCCAGAUAAUGAGGGACCUGUCGGGGCAUAAGAACAUCGUGGGUUACAUUGACUCCAGUAUCAACAGUGUGAGUAGCGGUGAUGUGUGGGAAGUUCUCAUUCUGAUGGACUUCUGCAGGGGAGGCCAAGUGGUCAACCUGAUGAACCAGCGCCUGCAAACAGGUUUUACAGAAAAUGAAGUACUCCAGAUAUUUUGUGACACCUGUGAAGCUGUCGCCCGCCUGCAUCAGUGCAAAACUCCUAUUAUCCACCGUGACCUGAAGGUUGAGAAUAUUCUCUUGCAUGACCGAGGCCACUAUGUCCUGUGUGACUUUGGAAGUGCUACCAACAAAUUCCAGAAUCCACAGACGGAAGGAGUCAAUGCAGUAGAAGAUGAGAUUAAGAAGUACACAACGCUGUCCUAUCGCGCACCAGAGAUGGUCAACCUGUACAGUGGCAAGGUCAUCACUACAAAGGCAGACAUUUGGGCUCUGGGAUGUUUGUUGUAUAAAUUAUGUUACUUCACUUUGCCAUUUGGGGAGAGUCAAGUGGCAAUUUGUGAUGGAAACUUCACAAUUCCUGAUAACUCUCGAUAUUCCCAAGACAUGCACUGCCUAAUUAGGUAUAUGUUGGAACCAGACCCUGACAAAAGACCGGAUAUUUACCAGGUUUCCUACUUCUCAUUUAAACUACUCAAGAAAGAAUGCCCAAUUCCAAAUGUACAGAACUCUCCCAUUCCUACAAAGCUCCCUGAACCAGUGAAAGCCAGUGAGGCAGCUGCAAAGAAGACCCAGCCAAAGGCCAGACUGACAGAUCCCAUUCCCACUACCGAGACGUCAAUUGCACCCCGCCAGAGGCCUAAAGCUGGGCAGACUCAGCCCAACCCAGGAAUCCUCCCCAUCCAGCCAGCCCUGACCCCUCGGAAGAGGGCCAUGGUUCAGCCCCCACCUCAGGCCGCAGUAUCCAGCAAUCAGCCUGGUCUUUUAGCCAGUGUUCCUCAACCAAAAACCCAGCCCCCACCCAGUCAACCCCUACCACAGUCUCAGCCCAAGCAGCCUCAGGCUCCGCCCACCUCACAGCAGCCGCCUUCCGCGCCGGCCCCGGCUGUGCCCGCCCAGGCCCAGGCCACGCCCCAGCACCAGCAGCAGCUUUUCCUCAAGCAGCAGCCUCCACAGACAGCGCCGCCGGCGGGGCAGCCAGCGGGCACGUUCUACCAGCAGCCGCAGCAGCAGGCCCAGGCUCCACAGUUUCAGGCAGUACAUCCGGCAGCCCAGCAACCAGUGAUUGCUCAGUUCCCCGUGGUAUCCCAAGGAAGCUCUCAACAGCAGCUGAUACAGAACUUCUACCAGCAGCAGCAGCAGCAACAGCAGCUGGCCACAGCCCUGCAUCAACAACAGUUACUGACUCAGCAGGCUGCCUUGCAGCAGAAGGCCACAGUGGCAGCCGUACCACAGCCCCAAGCACAGCCAGCCGCAGCAGCCCCGCCAGCCCCUGCCCAGGAGCCAGCGCAGAUUCAGGCCCCAGUAAGACAACAGCCAAAGGUUCAGACAACCCCACCUCCUACCAUCCAGGGGCAGAAACUCGGAUCUCUCACUCCUCCAUCAUCCCCCAAGGCCCAGCGUGCUGGGCACAGGCGAAUUCUCAGCGACGUGACCCACAGUGCAGUCUUUGGGGUCCCUGCCAGCAAAUCAACCCAGCUGCUCCAAGCAGCUGCAGCUGAGGCCAGUCUCAAUAAGUCCAAGUCUGCAACCACCACUCCUUCAGGCUCCCCUCGGGCCUCCCAGCAAAAUGUUUAUAAUCCUUCAGAAGGUUCUACGUGGAAUCCCUUUGAUGACGACAAUUUCUCCAAACUCACAGCUGAAGAACUGCUAAACAAAGAUUUUGCCAAGCUGGGGGAAGGCAAAUAUCCUGAGAAACUUGGAGGCUCUGCUGAGAGUUUGAUUCCAGGCUUUCAACCAACCCAAGGUGAUGCUUUUGCUGCUUCCUCAUUUUCUGCUGGAACUGCUGAAAAAAGGAAGGGUGGGCAGACUGUGGAUUCUAGCCUUCCUCUUCUAAGUGUAUCUGAUCCUUUCAUUCCUCUUCAAGUACCUGAUGCACCAGAAAAACUAAUUGAGGGACUCAAAUCUCCUGACACUUCUCUUCUGCUCCCUGACCUCUUGCCUAUGACAGAUCCUUUUGGUAGCACUUCUGAUGCUGUAAUUGAAAAAGCUGACGUUGCUGUUGAGAGUCUGAUACCAGGACUGGAGCCCCCAGUGUCUCAGCGCCUCCCAUCUCAGACGGAAUCUGUGACCUCGAACCGCACAGAUUCUCUCACCGGGGAAGAUUCCCUGAUUGAUUGCUCUCUGCUUUCUAAUCCCACUACUGACCUUCUGGAAGAGUUUGCCCCCAUAGCCAUCUCUGCUCCAGCCCAUAAAGCUGCAGAAGAUAGUAAUCUCAUCUCAGGUUUUGAUGUCCCUGAGAGCUCGGACAAGGUGGCAGAAGAUGAGUUUGACCCUAUUCCUGUAUUGAUAACCAAAAACCCACAAGGUCUCCAGAGAGAGCCCAUUCCCUCUCCUGUAAUAACUGUAGAGCACUUUAAAGAAUCAGCGGGUGUUAAAGGCCUUCCUCUGUACCCGGACCCCUCCCGGGUACCUGGCACGAGAACUCAGAACAGUUUAGAAUCUGACUACCUGGCCCGAGACGGCCCUUCCAGCAACAGCUCGCUCCACAGCAGUGAAGAGGAGGGGACCGACCUCGAGGGCGACAUGCUGGACUGCAGUGGCUCCCGCCCUCUGCUCCUGGAGUCAGAAGAAGAGGAUGAGGGCGGCAAGCCCCCGCAGGGCAAGCUAGGAGGAGCCACUCCCUUCGCUCAGCCAGAGGUGACUCCUGCGCAGGCCAAGGUCUUGCAAGGUGGGAGGAAGAACCAAUUUGGAUCCCUCACUGGGCCAACUGCUGAUGGACUCGGUGAGCCAGAUGUGUUUGCCACUGCCCCCUUCAGGAGCUCAAGGGUUCCCGCUGAUGACAUGGACAUUUUUGCCAAAGCCCCCUUUGUCUCCAAGGGCAGCGUGGCCCCUUCCCAGCCAGAGGAGACGGAUGUGUUCUUGAGAGCUCCCUUUACCAAGAAGAAAGGCAUGGAGGAGUCAACAGUUGCCCAGAGCCCCGCCCAGGAGCAGCCCGGUCUCCCGAGUCAGACCGAUGACAUCCCUCUGCUCCUGGGCCUCGAUCGAGCUGUGUACCCGUCCAUCCGAGCUCAGUAUUCCAUGGCUGGCUUUGCCCAGCCGUCUAACCUCCCCUCCCACCCUGUACAAGCAGCAGACCAUCUUGACAGCAUCUCUUCCAGGGGUUCCUCCCUGGAAUCUGGGGCCCAUGCUAAUGACAGAAACAAAGGACCUCAGCCCCAGAAAGAAGCUGUCUCGGGUCCCGUGGCAGGCAAACCAUUCCGCCCCCAGUCUUUAUCCAAAUAUUCCCGUCACUAUAGCCCCGAAGAUGAGCCGAAUCCAGAAGCCCAGCCCAUCGCUGCCUACAAAAUUGUUUCGCAAACCAAUAAGCAGUCAAUAGCUGGCUCCGUUUCCAUCACAUCCCUUUCCUCCAGGACUACGGAGCUGCCAGCUGCUGAUCCUUUUGCUUUAGCACCCUUUCCUUCGAAAUCAGGCAAACAGAAACCUUAG